AUGCUUCGCCGGUACUGCCACCACCUCUCCCUCCUCCUCCUCCUCCUCCCCAUCCUCGGCUCCAACGCCACGUGCCCCUACGACCUCGACUCCGCCACCCCCCUCAUCCCCGCCACGUGCUACGCCAACGCCACCGACACCGCCGCCGGCUCCACCACCACCGGAUGCUGCUGGUUCGUCUUCGCUGCUUACAUCUACGCCGCCAUCCGCCACGCCAACCACACCGUCGUCGCCUUCCUCCCCGACCCCGCCGCCUCGGACUGCGCCUCCGCCUUCUCCGCCUCCCUCAUCAGGCGCGGCCUCGUCCGCCCUUCCCUCCUCAACUCCAGCGACUCCUGCAACCUCUCUGGCGACCUGGCCGCCGGCAAACGCCCCUGCCUCUACACCACCGUCUCCGCCAUCCGCUCUGCCGUCAACCUCUCUAACGCCACCCGCCUCUGCGCCACCUUCCAAUCCGACCUCUCAACCAACCAGUCCGCCUGCGCCGACUGCCAGAACGCCGUCGUCGGCGCCACCUUCGACCUCCUCAACAUCACCAACAGCAAGGAGUUUGUCCCCUGCGGCAUGGCCGCCACCAUCGGCAUCUGGUCCCCUGCCGCCCCUCCCCUCCCUCGCUUCCGCUCCUACGCCCUCUGCAUGCUCCAAAUUCUCGAGAACGUCGGCAGUCUCGGCACCAGCAACCUCCUCCCCUCCCCUCCCCCUCCGCGGCUGCCGUCCUCCUCCGCCUCCCCGAUUCCCCCCUCCUCCUCAUCCUCCAGAUCCAUCAAGAUCGCGGCCGGAUCCGCCGCCGCGGGAGUCGCCUCCAUCGCCGCCAUCGUCUUCCUCGCCGUCCUGAUCCACCGAUCCCGACGGCGGCGAUCCACCGACAACGAUGCGGAUCGGACGGUCACGAUCGGAUCUCCGCUCCCCACCGACGGCCUCUACAUCUUCACCAAGGCAGAGCUCCGCCAGGCGACGGGCGGCUACGACGAUCGCCUCCUUCUCGGCGAGGGUGGCGCUGGGCGGGUCUAUCUGGGAAAACUCCCUUCCGGCCAACCCGUGGCGAUCAAACGCAUCUACCGCGAGAAAAAACUCCCCGAGUUCUACCGCGAGGUCGAGAUCCUCGCCAAACUCCGUCACCGGAAUUUAACGACGUUAGUCGGGUACUGCCUCGGGAGUCGUGAGCACUCGCUGGUCUACGAGUACAUGGCCGGCGGGAACCUCUCCCGCGCGCUGUUCCACGGCGAGCUCACGUGGCACCGUCGGGUACGGAUCGCCGUCGACGUCUCCGAGGGAUUGGCGUACCUCCACGAUUUCCCCGAGGGGGCCGUGGUCCACCGGGACGUGAAGCCGACCAACGUCCUCCUCACGGAGUCCGGCGUCGCCAAGCUCUCCGACUUCGGCGUGUCGAGGAUCGUUCCGACAGAUGGGACCCACGUGUCGACCGAGGUGAGGGGAACCAUGGGGUACGUGGACCCGGAUAGCUUUUCCGUCGGGCACGUGUCCGAGGCGUCGGACGUGUACAGCUUCGGCGUCGUGCUGCUAGAGCUAGUGACGGGGACGCGGGCGGUGGUCCCCACGCCAACGGGCGGGGCGGAGUCGAUCGUUCACAAGGCGCAGGAGGCGACGACGCGUGGCGGAUCGGACGGUGACGGAGGCGUGGGGUCCAUCGUUGACCCGAGGCUGGGGGAGUGGGACCGGGCUUCGGUGGGCGCGGCGUUCAAGCUUGCGUGCCGGUGCGUGCGCCCGUAUAAAAACGAGCGGCCGCAGAUGACGGAGGUGCUCGUGGUGCUCAAGCGGAUCCUCGCGGAUCUGGAGGCCAGGUUGGGCUUGUCUGGUGACGUGGUUUCAUCAGGACCGUCGACGGAGGAAGCCAGCGAGGAGUCCUGGGUCCGUGCGUGGUCCUUGUGA